AAUAACAUUGAAACCAAUGUAGCUAAAACAAAAAAAAAUAAUGCCAUUCCAAAAACUAAAUAACGAGAAACUACUUCAUUGGCGCCUGCAACACCACCGAUUGUGGCUGCAGAUCGUCGGCAAAGAAAUUCCAAGUGCCGCGGCUAUUUCCUCCGACGCAAUAGCAUUUAGUGCGCGCACAUUUAUGUAUGUUAAAGCAUUAGAAUAACAAGAUGCGUAACGCCCUACAUUGGCUUUGCACUAUGAAGCCACUUUUUUGCUGGUCGACUUUCGCAGUAUGCGUACGAAACAGCUGCUGGCUCUCUCGCUCUCUGGCUCUUGUGCAAAAAUUCGAUAGCAUCAUACAAAAUCUAAAGUCUGCACAGAAACAUCGCAUGGCAUUACUCAUCACCCAGUCAUUCUUUGCACGUAUAAGUUUUGCAGAAAAAUUAUAAACUUUAAUGAUCGAGCUCCACCCGAAACCCAACCACUCCAUUUGAAAAUAGCCGUUAUACACUGAUCGUGAAGCAUAAAACCGUAAAUAUUUCUUAUAAAUGAGACUCCCUGUCGUGGAAAUAAAUACCAAGCACACCAAACUGAGAGUUAAACCGGGGAGUGAUGAUUCACGUUCAUAUCAAGUCAUCACGUUCAUUACAUUCGUACAUUAUUGUACGAAUUUAAUUUUUGGCAUAGCGCUCACAUGAUAAAGUCUCAUAAAAUAUCAUAACCCCAUAAAAAUUGUGAUAUUUAAAUAAACAUUUGUGUAUAUAUGUACAUCAUACGAUUAGUUUAGAAACAUGAUAAUUAUAAAAAGAAUCGAGCAAAAUUAUUGGAUUAAAACAAAUUAUUAUAAUUAAUUUACUAUUAUUUUAACAAAUCUUGUCUAAUAUUAUGUUGGUUAAGCAGCUUGGAAGCCCAAGGCAUUGGAGAAACCAACCAAGCUUUAAGUGGUUUGUGAUCAAAUAUCCACACCGCCAAUUUUGUAGAUAGAAUCAUCAGGAAGGUGAAAAUGAGCCAAAUGAAAAUCGAAUCAUCACAGAAUGCAGCCCUAGCUAAAAAUGAGUCUUCCAUAGCUACUCGGUGGACACUGCUUGAAGCUAAAGCUAUAGGAAAACCACCAAACUUUUGCAACAAAUAUAAAUGCAACUUUUUGGGGUUAAACGGCUUCUGUGGAUAUCAACUGUCCUAGUUACUUUGCUGCUUCUGCAAAAAACAAAUGCAGACAUUCCCGACUGCAAUUAUUACGACACUGUCGAUAUUUCGGCAGCUCAAAAGCUACCGAAUGGAUCGUACUUAUACGAGGGGUUGCUCGUUCCGGCCAACUUGACGGCAGAAUAUGAGUUCAGGAUCCUACCGGACGACUCAAAGCAGAAGGUGGACAAACACAUAAGAGGAUGUGUGUGCAAGCUGAAGCCAUGUGUCAGAUUUUGCUGCCCCCACAACCACAUAAUGGAUAUGAACGUUUGCGCCGGCGAAAUGACCGAAGAGGAGCUGGAAGUACUCGAUCCUUUUCUUAACGUCACUCUGGACGACGGGUCGGUGGUCAGCAGGCAUUUUAAACAAGAACUAAUCGUCCAGUGGGACCUACCGAUGUCGUGUGACGGAAUGUUCUCUCUAGACAACCGGGAAAAAACGGAUCAAUACACGUUGUUUGAGAACGGAAAUUUCUUUCGCCACCUUGACCGCGUCACCCUCAACAAGCGGGAGUACUGCCUUCAACAUCUUACCUUCGCAGAUGGCAAUGAAUCGUCUAUUCGAAUUGCACCUCACAACUGCCUAAUAAAGCCAUUCAGAAUGGGUCAGACGGUUGUGAUGAUCACUUCGCUGGUAUGCAUGGUUCUAACGAUCACCGUUUACCUUUUCGUUAAGAAACUGCAAAACUUGCACGGAAAAUGCUUCAUGUGCUACAUGGUGUGUCUCUUCAUUGCCUAUCUUUUGCUUUUGCUCAAUCUGUGGCAGAUGUCGCAAGACUUUUGCAGAACAGCAGGUUUUCUGGGCUACUUUUUUGUCAUGGCCGCAUUCUUAUGGCUUUCCGUCAUCAGUCUGCACCUUUGGAACACGUUCAGCGGCUCCACCCACAAUGCGAAUCGCUUCUUAUCUGAGCAUCGGUUUCUGGCCUACAAUACCUAUGUCUGGGGCAUGGCGGUGGUCCUGACUGGAAUCACCUAUCUGGCCGAUAGAGUCGUGGAAAACGAAGAUUGGAAUCCUCGUAUAGGCUUCGCCGGUCACUGUUGGAUUUGUACUCAAAGCUGGGCAGCCAUGCUCUACUUUUACGGCCCGAUGGUACUUCUUAUUGCAUUUAACAUAACCAUGUUCAUCCUGACGGCUAAGCGUAUAAUAGGAGUGAAGAAGGAUAUUCAGAAGUUUGCCCACAGGCAAGAGAGGAAGGAGAAGCUGAACUCGGACAAACAGACUUACACCUUCUUCCUACGGCUCUUCAUUAUAAUGGGAUUGACGUGGAGCUUGGAGAUAGGCUCCUACAUUUCGCAAUUUAACCAAACUUGGGCCAACGUCUUUCUAGUGGGUGACUACUUAAAUUGGUCUCAGGGAAUCAUCAUAUUUAUACUGUUUGUUCUGAAGCGCAGCACGUUGAGACUCUUGAAGGAGAGAAUUAGGGGUGAGGGUGAGGAGGUCAACGACAGCGAAGAAGAGAUUUCGCUCGAGAACACGAAGUUUGAUCGAAAUGUCCUGUAAUAGGAACCAUCCAAAAUACACAUGGACUGUUAUUUCUAAUAGAUCCACGACAAAUCGGAAUACCGUGGAACAAAUCUCAACAAAAUAAAGCACAGAACACGAUUUUCAUAUAAAAGCUGUAUUAAGUAAUUCUGUACACAUAUGUAUGUAUAAAUCCAUACUCUCGUCUGACGUAUCAAAAAUAACGUAUGUAUAGAUAACUCUUACUAUAUCUUUUCCACCAAAGGAGGAUGGUUGUUUUAAGCAUUCAUUUAACAUAUAAUGUUUUUUAACUUUUGAAAAUAAAAAAAAAUACUGCAUUAA